AUGUACGAGGACUCCUGGUACAGCUUUGUGCCGGAGCUGCAACGCGGGCGCAAUGCCGCCCAAGGCCCCGGACAUCGACGUCGAGAGUCGCUGCUGCAACAGCCAAACGGAACCUCUCAAUCGGCAGAUGUGGUCGAGCCUCUCGACAAGCUGCUAGAAGAAGAAUCGGACGACGAUGAGGAGAGCGAUAUGCUACAGGCGCACGCGGAGGCGCUGCUUGGGCGAGCGAGAUCUUUCCCGGAGCUAAAAAACGAAGCUUUGCGAAUCAAAGCGAUCAAGGCGGCAGCAGAAGAAGCAGCAACAUUGAGGGCGCCAGCGAAGACAGCCGCCAGCCGCGGCCGAGACGGGACCAAGGAGAAGGAGAGGCAAGACAGAAGAAAGCAUAGAAAGAAGAGAGUGGUCACACUAGAGGCGCUUUGCGUCGAAGGAGCGGACGGCGAGUGGCUUCUGCAGAAUGAAGUCCCACCUCUUCUCGACUCCUACGACGCCGACCUGCUUGACGCAAGCCAGCAAGAAUUCACAGACCAGCUGGAAAUGACAGAGAGACACCUCGGAGGGCUGAUUGACGACGCAAGCGGGACAUUGCAGCUGCUUUCGUCCCUUGCAGACUCAUUUCGGGCUGUUGAGGAGCAAACAACGUCCUUUCAGUCGCAGUGUAACGACCUCCUGUCGGAGCAGCGGCGGUUGGAGAAACUGGCCGAUGAGGUGGGCACGGAUCUUUACUACUACGCCUAUGCAGACGGUGUCACGCGCCGUCUCAAUGCUAUAGGUGCAAGCCGCCUUGUCGAUGACGAGAGCUUUGGGGAAAUACUGUCCAACCUGGACGCCUGUAUUGCUUUCAUGACAAAACACCCGACCUAUCGCGAUGCAGAAACCUACCUUGCGCGGUACCAAUCUCUUUUGACCAAGGCACUGCAUCUGCUCGAAGUGGGCUUCAACUCGCGGCUGGAGAAGGUGACGGCGGAGCUGUCAAAGCAGAUCGCAGCAACCCAGUCGGAGUCGGCACAACACGCGCUGGCCUACGGUCGGUUUGAAGAGCUGCUAGUGGACGGGUCAUACUCACUGAUCCCCAACGUGCAGCUGGUGAUGGGAAAGUCUUACGACCAGGCUGGAGCGCCGUGGUCUGGGCGCCAGAGCUUCUCGGUCUACGUUAACACGGCAAACAAUCUCCUCCGCACAUAUCUGGGCUGGCGAGAUCAGAACCUCCGGUCGAUUGUGCACAAGGAGAUGGAAGCUUUUCGCAGCGAAGCCAAAGGCACAGCGACCGAGACGGCAUCACGGAACUUUAUCAAGCAGAGUUUCGAGCGGUCGCACCAAGAGUCGCUGCUGUUCGUCCGGGUGUUUGCCAUUGAGCCACAGUACAGCACGCAGGUGGAGUCGGCCUUUGUGGCGAUACGGGGACAUCGCGGCGAGCUUGUCAACGCCAUCAACAUUGCGCCGCUGGCCACGAACCUGCAGACGGCACUCUCGGCAACGGCCGAUCUGUCGAUUGUCUGCAACGUGCUCGGGUGGAUCACACAUGAGUACCUUCUCCUGGACUACGAAGACGAAGAUGAGGAUGAAGGCGAGACGACGGCUCUCGCAACGCACAGUCGACAACUGGCAGCCCGGCUGCUAACGGAACAUCUGUGGGCAUUUACGGACGCCCUGUUUGAGGCGGAAAUAGCAAAGACGAUCACGAAAGCGCCGGUGGUGCCGGAAGCGCUGAAGAUUGUCUCUGCUGCGGAUGGCCACGCAUCGUCGAAUGCUUACCCACCGGUGCGACAUGCACUGGAGCUGCUGGUCAAGUUCGAUCAAGCCAUGCCCAAGGAGCGUUGCCAACGAGACAGCCCUGUUGUGUUUAAUAUUGUUAAGGAAACGAUUCUGGCACUGCAACGGGCCGAGGCACGCAUAAAGUCGAGCCGGAGCAGCACAGAUGGGGACCUGUUCAUGAUUAAGAACCUGCUGAUCCUGAAGAACGAGCUGCUUUCGUUGGAAAUCGGCGACAUUCGCAGCAGCGGGGGCAUGCAGCACUUUGGGCAGAUCUGGGAUGCGCUGAGCAUGGCGCAGAAUCUGGUGGGCUAUUUCAGCACUUUUAUCCCAGGGAAUUCGCUCUGGUCGCGGGCCGCGGGCGUUGUGUCGGGGGCAGUGCCCGGGGCAGGAGAGAGAACAUCGGCGUCUGGCAGUCUGUCGACAGCCGGGACAGCGGCAGCAGCAGCAGGAUCGGGGACAGAGCAGGACGUCAGCGAGCAGCUGGACGAAGCGCUGCGACGGUCGAUUACGGCUUUUACGCAGAAAUGGGGCCGGCAGGUGCACGAGGCGACGUCACGUAAGCUCGGCGGCAAGAAUGUGGCCAAGAUCGAGCGGGAGUUGGACGAGCUGCUGCAGACGGCAUUCAGCAGCCAGCCGGAAGUGGUGGCCAAGUUGAAGGAGGCGAUCCAGAUCCAGGCGGAGGCACACGAUGAGCAGAAGGGAAGCAAGAUCAGCCGCGUAUAA